AUGGCACCACACCCCUUCGACCCAAUCACUGGUGAGGAGAUCCAGCUUGUUGUAAAGCUGCUGAAAGACCGACACAAUGGCCAGAGAUUGAGAUUCAAGCGAAUUGAUGUUCGCGAGCCCAUCAAGAAGUACACAAUUCCUUACUUGGAGGCCGAGCGACUGAAUCGCCCACUGCCCCCGAGGCCUGCCCGCCACCUCUUUGCCCUCUACCACCAGGUUGAAACCCACACCUUCUUCAAGACCAUCAUCAAUGCCAGCACACGCAUCGUUGAGCAUGUCAUAGAGUUGCCCAAGGCCGUACAGGGUCCCGCCGACGUCGACGAGAUGGAGGAGCUAGAGAAGGUCUGCAACGAGCAUCCGGCGGUCAAAGCCGAGAUUGCCAAGCUGGAGCUGCCUCCGGGCUACAGCGUCGUCAACGAUCCUUGGAUAUACGGCACGGAUGACCCCAACGAGACCCGCAGAUUGGUCCAAUGCUACAUGUACAUCUGCGAGGUUGACCACCCCGAGUGCAACCACUAUUCACUGCCCUGCGAGUUCUCGCCCGUCUUCGACCAGCUCACCCACGAACUUGUCCGCAUAGAUUACCUGCCCACAAAGACUGACUCCACCUCGGGCAUGACGCGACCCUGGCAGAAGUUGAAGACGGUGCAGUACGCUCAAGAUUUGAUCGACGAGCCUCUGCGUACUGACCUCAAGCCCUUGAUUGUCCAGCAACCCGAGGGUGCUUCUUUCACCAUCGAGGGCCAGCUCGUCAAGUGGCAGAAGUGGCGGUUCCGCGUUGGCUUCAACAACCGAGAGGGUCUCAUUCUAUACAACGUCACCUACGAUGGCAGGAAUAUUCUGUACCGCCUUGCCGUCUCCGAGAUGACUGUUCCUUAUGGAGAUCCUCGUCGUCCCUACCACCGUAAGCAAGCGUUUGACGCUGGAGAUGUCGGCUUUGGCAUCACUGCCAACCAGCUGACCCUCGGCUGUGACUGCUUGGGUCUAAUUAAAUACUUUAGUGGCUACCGCUGCAACUCCAAGGGUGACCCUGUAGCGCUCCAGAAUGUCGUCUGCCUACAUGAGCAGGAUGGCGGUCUCCAGACAAAGCAUACAAACUAUCGCAAUGGUGUUGCCACCGUCGUCAGGAACCGCCAAUUGGUUGUGCAGAUGAUCUGCACAGUCUCCAACUACGAAUACCUCUUCGCAUACAUCUUUGACCAGGCCGGCGGCAUCGAGCUCGAGGUCCGUGCAACAGGCAUCCUCUCAACCAUGCCCAUCGACGGCGACCUCCGCGUCAAGUGGGGGACCAACGUCGGCCCUGGUGUCAUGGCAGCCAACCACCAGCACAUGUUCUCCCUGCGGAUAGACCCUGCUAUUGACGGGUACGACAACACCAUCUUCUACGAGGAGAGCGUCGCGCUACCUCAUAGCGAGGAGCUGAACCCUUACGGUGCUGGCUACAUCGUCGAGGAAACCACCAUCAGUCACGCUGGCGAUUACGACACGGACGUUAACAAGAACCGUGUCUACAAGAUCCGCAACGAUAAUGUCAUCAACCCCAUCUCCGGGAAGCCUGUUGCCUGGAAGGUCGCUACCGUGGCCAGCCAGAUGUUGCUCAUGGGUGAGGAGUCUUUCAACUCGAAGCGUGCGCGGUUCUCCACGAGACCUGUUUGGGUCACGUCGUACCAGGAAGAUGAGCUCUAUGCUGCCGGAGAGUUUACCAACCAGAGUCAGGCCUCUGAUGGUGUUGAGAUAUGGGCUGCCCGCCGCGACGAUGUUACUAAUAAGGAUGUUGUCUUCUGGCAUACCUUCGGUCUUACCCACAACCCCCGCGUUGAGGAUUUCCCCGUCAUGCCCAUUGAGAAAAUCAGCUUCACGUUGCGACCGGAUGGAUUCUUUACCAAGAACCCUGCGCUUGACGUACCGGCCUCCAACCAGUCGAUCAACAAGUCUGUUCUGCACGACGAAACUCGCAUCGCUCACCACCCGCGCAAGGAUAACGAGGGAUGCUGUAGCAGGCUAUAA